GAGACAGUUAUAAGAUUAUUACACAUGGACUUGAGAAAACCCCAGAUUUUGUUGUUGUACAGUUAAAAAUGAACGAUGGUAAUGUUUCCGAGGCAGCAGGUGUGACAUUUAAUUCACGGGUGUUCGGAACUCAUGAAACUAUCUGCGGGACUGUUUAUGCAUUUAAUGAUCAAGAAAUCCGUAUUUGGUCUAUGUACGAUUAUGUGGCUUGUGCAUACGAUGGAUGGGGAGCUCUUGCAGAAAGCUUUAGAGGCCACACCGCUAGCCUAUAUAUCCAGGCCUGGAUACUGGAUUCCUGUAAUAAACAUUUUUCAACACAAUUCACACUGGAUAAGAACGACAUAAACACUGUCGAGCGAGUGAGCCUGGAUUCGGUGUAUGAUCUAAAUUCAACAUUGGUUUCUGUUCUGAUGAAAGUAUCAUCUCCAAACAACGAGGGAUUCAUGUUUCAUGCCGGUGGUAGCGCCAUGAUUGAUACCUCUGAUGACCCAUAUGGAGCUAUAAUAUACGGAUACAAUGAGACAGAAGUUAUGCUCUGGAGACCAUCCCAGACAAAUACAAAUGGACAUUUGGUUUACGUGGGUGGAAAGUGGGGUGACGGGCAUAGUAAUCAAGAAAGUGACGUUGUUGAAGUCAUCGUUAAAGUUAUUGAAAUAACAGGCACGCCUUGCAAUGGUACAAAAUUAUGCUCGCCUGAUUGGUCAAAGACUAGAUGCAUUUCUACAGAUUGUCCUAUCCCUCCUGAUAUUGAAAAUGCUUAUAAAAUAUAUGAAGGAGUGACUAAUGGUAGCAAGACGUUGUACUUUUGUAAACCAGGAUACACUGAAAGUUCAGAUAACGUCAUAAUUAGCUGUGUAGAGGGUACAUGGUCUUUGACUUCAAUGUUCUGCAGAGUUGUUUGCUCCACACCUCCUGCAGUUGAAAAUACAACAGUUUUUGUGCAGGACAAUAGAGCAAAAUAUCACUGCCUAACGGGAUAUUUCGCUAUGAAAAAUACAGAUGACGUCAUCGAGUGCAGAAACAGUACCUGGCCAUCUACUGACUUUAAAUGUAUAAAAUCUUGUCCUGAGCCACCCGCCAUUACUAACGCUGACGUCAUGGUCUCUGAGAAUGUUGCUUUAUACUCUUGUCGUCAGGGUUUUCUUGCAAAAUCUGGAACCAACUCAAUAAACUGCUUACAAUCUGAGUGGCAGAAAACAAACUUCAUCUGCUAUGUUUUUGGAAAGUGGGUCAAGGUUCAUGGUCAGAGUCAAAACGUUAAGUAA